AUGUCGUCAACAGCAGUGAUCACAGAGACCAACCGCAUCACGCAGGCAACGACUGACGCCUUGAUUGAGAGCUCUCACCUGGAGACCUUCGCCAUUCCAGGAGCACGCAAUGUCCAUGGAAAGACCUUCCCGCUUGGUAUCCGUGUCAAGUCGUCCUCGCCAUUCCGCGAUGUUGAGGAGGCAGCGGCCCAUCUCGAGUCUCUGGCUAGUCGGGGGACAUUUGACAGCAAUCUCGUGAAUCGCGGCGCCAUCCUGUUUCGCGGGCUUCCAGUGAAAACAGCCGAUGACUUUGCGAAGAUCACCAAAGCCUUCAGAUACCCGCAACCGCACGAGGAGGUGGGCCUCUCCGGAAAGCGAACUACGCGCGGUGACAACGUCAAGACAGCCAACGAGGAGCCGCCGCACAUCCGCUUCUACUUCCACAAUGAGUACGGGAGGAGCGCCGUGUUUCCCAGCAUCAUCUUCUUCAACUCGCAGAAGGUGCCAGAUGAGGGCGGCCAGACGCCUCUCCUGUCAACGAUUGAGCUGUAUGAUCGUGUGGCCGAGGAGCUCCCCGAUUUUCUCGACAACCUCAUCAAGAAACAGAUCAUCGGUCGCCAGUACUACCCUACAAAGAGCGAUCCCGAGUCCAAGACAAUCGGCUGGAACUGGCAAGACUCAUACGGCUUUGACAUCGAGGAAGGCGACUCCCUCGAGACCCAGAGGCGCAAGACGGAGCACGUUCUCAAGACCCGGCUACAAGCCGAUGCGGAAUGGCAGCCCAACGGAGCGCUGCACGUCCUGCAACGGCUGCCGGCCGUCCGUCGUAUCGCCUCGACGGGCCAGCCAGUGCUGUUCAACGGUCUCGGCGGCGUCUACGGAAGACAGAGAGAUCGUAAGGCUCUCGACCCUCCGCACAGGGGCAUCGAUGGGGGCAUCCACCUGCCGACUACGUACGGAGAUGGGUCCGAGAUUCCGAGGGAGACCCUGGAGAAGUAUCUUGAGAUCCAGGAGGACAUUGGGUUCCUUGUGCCAUGGGAGGAUGGAGAUGUGGCCCUAGUGGACAACUACACUGUUCAGCAUGCACGCACGCCUUGGAAGGGAGAAAGGUCUCUCCUUGUGAGUCUCUGGGAUGGACACGAGAAGUUUGUCCCCUUCUAA